AUGUCGACGGUUUACAAAUGUCAUAUAGGAAAAAAGGCAAAAAAACAUGUUAAAUUUAAUUCUAAGCAUAUAAAAAACAAUGGAUAUGAUGCAGAAAAUGAAGAUGUUUCUAAAGAAGCAGAUGAUCUGUCAGGAUUUAAAAAAAUUCGGCAAAAAGUGCUUGUUUUAUCAUCUCGAGGAAUUACUUUUAGACAACGACAUCUUAUGAAAGAUCUUGUAGACAUGUUGCCUCAUUCAAAAAAAGAUACAAAAUUUGAUAUGAAAUCGAAACUUUAUCAUUUGAAUGAAGUAGCUGAGCUUUACAACUGUAACAAUAUUAUGUUUUUUGAAGCGCGUAAACACCAAGAUCUUUAUAUUUGGAUGACAAAAGUGCCUAAUGGACCUACGGUUAAGUUUCAUGUACAGAAUGCUCAUACGAUGGAUGAUCUCCAUCUUACCGGAAACUGCUUGAAAGGUUCACGUCCUAUUCUUUCCUUUGAUGCUGGCUUUGAUAUGGAGCCACAUAUGAAACUUGUAAAGGAAUUAUUUUCUCAGAUUAUGGGAGUUCCAAAAGGUUCUCGGAAGAGCAAGCCAUUUAUUGAUCAUGUUUUAACAUUUUCUUAUGCUGAUCAUAAAAUAUGGUUUAGAAAUUAUCAAAUUGUCGAAAAAACACCUGGAAAAAAGGUUUCUUCAUAUUCAGAUACAGAUAUAUCACUUGUUGAAAUUGGACCUCGAUUUGUGUUAACUCUUAUUUGUGUUUUGGAAGGCUCAUUUGGAGGGCCCGUCAUUUACGAAAAUAAGGAAUUUAUAACUCCUUCAAAAAUGCGUUCAUUUAUAAGAAAAGAAAAAUUAAAUAAAUAUCAUAAUCGUCAAAUUGCAAUGGCAGAAAAGUCCAUAAAGAAAAAGGAAAACGUAUUACCAGUAAACCCUUUGAAUAACAAUGUUUUGUUUAAAGACUGA